AUGAACGCUCUGAUUGUGCUCUCCGUGGUCGCUCUGGCCGCUUGCGGCAAUGCCCAGUACUUUGGGUACCCCGGCCUCUUCUACAACUACCCUGGACUCUACUCCGUCGCACCCGUGGCUCCCAUCCAGUCCCAGUACCACGCCCAGGACGAGAUCGGCCAGUACUCCUUCGGUUACUCCGGCGGUCCCUCUUCACGUGCUGAGUCUCGCGACGUCUUCGGUAUCGUCCGUGGUUCUUACAACUACGUGGACUCUGAGGGAAAGGUUCAGACCCAGCACUACGUGGCUGACGCCCUCGGAUUCCGUGUGUCCGGAACCAACCUGCCAGUGGCUCCCGACGCCCCCGAGGCCGCCCCUCUGGCCGCCCUUCCCGGCCCCGUCCCCGAGCCCGUCCAGGACACCCCUGAGGUAACGGCUGCUAAGGCCGCCCACCAGCAGGCCUACGACGAGGCCGCCGCCGCCGCUGCUGCCGCUCCUGAUUCCCGCAAGAAGCGCUCCGUCGUUAAUGCUUUCACUCCCUACACCGGCGUCUACUCCCCUCUCCGUUUCUCUUACGGCUUCUCCGCACCUGCCUUCCCCUCGGUGUACUCUGGUGCCGCUCUCCCAACCUUCGCCGCCUACGGCGCUCACCCUGCCGCCGUCACCUACGCAGCCGCAGCCCCUGCCGCCGUCACCUACACAGCCGCAGCCCCUGCCGCCGUUAAGGAUGCUGAACUGCUCCGCAUCGUCCACAACCCCGGCCACGGCACCUCCUACCGCGUGCAGUAAGCCCCGCAGAAGAGUAGAGACAACCAGGUGAUGCUUUGGGUGUGUAGAGCGCAGCGGAUAUAACGCUCGACGCAGUCUUCAGUCUAGCUAAUUAAUUGUCAUUCCAAAGGAUUGCUAUGACUAGAGGGUUUUGCCGCUGUGUUGACUCACCCAAGCCAUGUCACGUGAUGUACAUAUCUGGUGACCGAGUUCAUGUUGCCAUCAUGAGGUGAUAUUUCUGUUCAGUUUUUUUUUUUGUCAUAUUAAAUGACUUUCAUACGAA